GUGAUGGGCCAGAUGCGGUUGAACGUUUUAGAAAAGCGGGGGGCUCUGCCCCGCUGGCGCGGCUUUAGCCACGGGGUUUGGUGCGCGGCUGACAGCCGCCGGCUCCUGCCACAAGUGCCCGUCCCUCCUCCCGCCCUCGCGGCCCGGGGCGCCCCGUCGCCGGCAGCCGGUCCCGGGAGGGGGCAGCGAGCGGGGGCGCGGAGCGCUGCACCCCGCGGAGCGCCUUUCCCCCGCUCGGCAGGCAAAGCCCCGCAGGCGGCGGGCGGGGAGGAUCGGCUCGGACUCGCUCGGCGAGGUCGGCGCUGACGGCGGCGGCCGCCCGGCGGGGGAUCUGCCGUGCCGCGGCGCCAUGCCCGCCACCCGACCGUGGCGGCUGCCCGCCUUCCUCCUCCUCCUCUUCCUCAGCUGCCGCGCCGCCGCCGAGGGCGACGGCUCCCUGCGGCAGCCGAGCCCGGGCAGGCAGAGCCCGCCGGCGGCGGCCGACGCCGUCCCCCCGACGGCCGGGAGCCCCGGGGUGCGGGGCGCCGAGCCCAACGCCUCCCGGCCGGCCGCGCUGCCCAAGAGCGGCGGGGGGGUGGCCGGCGGGCGGCCGCGCUCGGGUUCGCCCCCCAUGUGCACGGGGCAAACGGAGAUCAAGGAGACUUUCAAGUACAUCAACACGGUGGUGUCCUGCCUCGUCUUCGUCCUGGGCAUCAUCGGCAACUCCACGCUGCUGCGGAUCAUCUACAAGAACAAGUGCAUGAGGAACGGCCCCAACAUCCUCAUCGCCAGCCUGGCCCUGGGCGACCUGCUCCACAUCAUCAUCGACAUCCCCAUCAGCGUCUACAAGCUACUUGCAGAGGACUGGCCCUUCGGUGUUGAAAUGUGCAAAUUAGUACCCUUCAUUCAGAAGGCUUCAGUGGGUAUCACAGUGUUGAGUUUGUGUGCCCUCAGUAUAGACAGGUACCGAGCAGUUGCUUCUUGGAGUCGUAUUAAAGGAAUUGGAGUGCCAAAGUGGACUGCUGUUGAAAUUGUACUGAUCUGGGUGAUAUCGGUGAUAUUGGCUGUUCCAGAAGCUAUUGCAUUUGACAUGAUUAUGAUGGAGUACAGAGGAAAGGAUCUUAGAAUCUGCCUGCUUCACCCCACGCAGAAAUCGACCUUUAUGAUGUUUUACAAGCAAGCUAAAGACUGGUGGCUGUUUAGCUUUUACUUCUGUUUGCCACUGGCUAUCACAGCAUUUUUCUAUACUCUCAUGACCUGUGAGAUGUUACGAAAGAAAAGUGGGAUGCAGAUUGCUUUAAAUGACCACUUAAAACAGAGACGUGAGGUGGCCAAAACUGUGUUCUGUCUGGUACUUGUUUUUGCCUUGUGUUGGCUCCCACUUCAUUUAAGCAGAAUAUUGAAGCUCACUAUUUAUGAUCAGAAGGACCCCAACAGAUGUGAACUUUUAAGCUUUUUUCUUGUGAUGGACUACAUUGGCAUUAACAUGGCUUCACUGAAUUCCUGCAUCAAUCCGAUAGCUCUGUAUUUGGUGAGCAAAAGAUUCCAAAACUGCUUUAAGUCGUGCUUGUGUUGCUGGUGCCAAUCCAAAGAUCUGUUGUCCCUGGAGGAAAGGCAGUCCUGUUUAAAGUUCAAAGCGAAUGAUCACGGAUAUGAUAAUUUCCGCUCCAGUAACAAGUACAGCUCUUCAUAGAACAGUGUAAAAGGUAUAUUCUCUUACAUUAAUACUGGUGCCUUUUUAAGUAAAAGUGGCAAUUACUUUUAAUGAGAUGGUAACAUUUAGAAAAAUCUAGUUUUGUGUUUGCACAAAAAAGGUUAUUAAAAAAAAUUGCCACAAAACUGUGUCACAUUCAAAAUCAUGGACGUUUAUAAAAUCAUCAUUUAUGGAACACGAAGAAAAGUGUAGAAAGAACAAGUCAUUGUUAGCACUUGAAUACUUCUGAAUCAGCACUUCCAAAAGAUACCCACUUCCUGUACAUUAAACGAUCAUUUGUAUUCACUAUAACAGUUGUAGGAACUGAAGUCACAGCAAUUACUAAGCAGUUUAACAUAACGUUAAUUGGAUCAAAGCCAUUAUUAUAUAUAACUCAAUGUAUUAUCUUUUAUGAAGCAGAUUAACCACCAUCACUAUUGUGUGGCGUUUUUUUAAUAAAACAUUAAAUACUUUGUAAUAGAAGUUUAAAUGUAAAAAAGUAGAAUUUUUAUCAGGGAUAUUAUAGAGGUAGCUAAUGAAAAUAUCGAAGGAUGCAGUCAAGUCAAAAGUGCAUUUCACUCUGAUGAUUGUUUUUACUUACUGUUUUUUACAAGGAACCUCCCAUGGCCUCUAUAAAUGCCAUUUUGUAACCAUUUUGUGUGUUCAAUGCAUUUGGCAGCACUUUGGCUAUGGUCUGUUUCACUGUUUCCAUGUUACCUGUGUUUAAUGACAGUGGAGGAGAGAAAAACACACCAAAAGCAAAAACUAAUACUACUAGAACAGUACAAAUGAUGGCUAGUAUUGGAAACCAGCUAUUUUUAAUUAAAAACAAAUUGAUUUUAUCCCGUGUGAAUAGUGGGCAUUUAAGAGCCUGAUCAUGGUUCUUUACUCGAGAUACUUUUGUGACAAUUUACAACUGUUUCUGCAACCCAAAUACUGUCUUGGGGCAAAAUCCUCUAGAAAUAGCGGGUGGAAAGAAUGCAACCAACGAAAACAGAGGGAGAAUUUGAACUUCUAUUUUCAUUUAGAUUUAAAUCUUCACAAAGAAAAUAAAUCAUGAACUGUACUUCUAGAGAGCAGUACUAUUGUAGCACCCUUGUCUUCAUACUGUUUUAAAAUAUGUUCUACUUCUGUAGUUCCAUAUUUAUGGGCUUAAGAAGAUGUGUGAUUAGUUUCUGCUUCUGUAAAUAGUUUCAUGAAGCAUAAUUAAUUAUAAAGUAUUAAAAUAUGGGCAGGACCCUGUGAGAAAACAGAAAGAUAAAGAUGCCUGCAGUAAACAUCAUGUGUGUUGCCAGGAGCAAUGCAUGUUUUGUACAUACAUGACAGGUUAUCCUUUGGCUUUUCAUUUCCUAUUAAUUUGUUACAGAUAUCCCCAAAGAUUUAUUAACAUAUUUCAUGCACUAAGGCAUGAGUAUUUCAAGAAAAAAUGUCAUAAAACGUGUUUUUAUAAAAGACAUGUUUUCAAUAAGCAUGGUAUUUUAUUAUAAUAAAAAUAUUUAUCAAAACUCAGGAUAUUUUUUUUAUUUCCAAAUUUCAUAUGUAAGGGGUUUUACCUUUUUUUUUCCAGUCUUGAUUAACUUCAGAUUUUUUAAUUAACAGCCUUAACUAUGCUGAGGAUGAAAACAGUUUUCAUUCAAAUGUUCAGCUGAUGUUGCCUUAUAUGGGUUUCAUCUCAUCUGACUUUAGGCAGCGACAGCUACCUUGCAGACAGCUAAAUACGGAGAGGUGAACCCCAUUCCUGGUAUUGCCCCAUCAAAACCUAGUUAGUGUAUGCUUGUAUAAUCAAGCUGAGGACCUAUGCACAUGCAUUUGAGCAUGGGCACGCACGUGUGUGUUUGUGUGUGUGAGUAUGUGUGCAAGUGUGUAUGUUGUCUACCACUAGGUUGCUGUUACCAUCUUCCUGCAGCACAUGCACCUAGCUGCUAUAAUGCUGAACUUUUAUAAAUAUAAAUCUCAAUCUAUUUAAAGUUCUGUUCUUCACAUUUUUACCUUAACUUUCAUGGUAACUUUCUCAUGGAAGCCAUGAAUAUCAUUUGACUUCACCCUGCCUGCAUCUAUUUCUGUGAAAUGCGUUUCAUCUGUUGAGGAUGGAUAAUCAGUUAAAUCCUGUUUGAUACUGAUCAGUGUUAUUUUCAUCAAAUGAUAUCAUUACAAUAUUGUACAUGUAUAUUAUUGUUAUUUUUAUUUAAAAUAUAGCUGUUGUAUUGGCAAAUGUGUAACAUAUUUUUCAUUUUUCCCUUGACUAAUUCUUUGUUAAGAUGAGUCCUGCUAAGUCAGACAUUUAGAGGUUAUGCAAAUAAAGACCGUAUAUAUACUGCCCA